GAGCGUGCUCAAGUUUCUUCACCCCCCCCCCCCCAACGGCUCUUUUAAGAGCCACGUCAUAAAUGGCUAAAGACCGGUUCCUGCUUUGAUCGGUGUGACUUGCAAGGCCCACACCAUCGCGUGGUCGUAUCGCGGUUGUUCAGUUUAGAGUGCUAGCUUGACUCAAACGUUUAGUGCGAACGAUAACGACCUUAGCGUCGCAAGUUAUGCGUGUAACUAUUUGAAUCUAAAGUAGCCUGACUUACUCGUAACAGUAUGGACGUCGGGCGUAGUCCCCCCCCCCCCCAUUUUAAAUACUAUAAAUGGUUGGUUUCCAAUGACGUCACCACAGUCCCUGGACUAAUCGGGUAAACUGGGGGGGGGGUGUUUCCGCGUCACCUAUUCCCCCCCCCCCUUGUUCUCUGACCUCUUGACACACAAAAUGACGGAAUUGGAAACCUAUUCGUUGCAGUAAGUUUCCUGCGCAUAAGCCUCAAAGGCAAUCCAGUUGCAAACGUCACUAAGACUAUUUUUCAAUCCAUUUCACUUUCCUUAUUGGUUAAACGGAUAGGUUUCAAAUGAUGUCACCACCAUCUUUAAACCAAUCUGAUAAACUUAACGAUAGAAAAAAAAAAAACAAACCACGCUUCACUUCACCUAUCACUUGUGUUCUCUGAUCUCAAUGACACACAAGAUGGCGGAAUUGGAAACCUUUCCAUAGAUUUCCCUGCUGUGCGGUGACUAGUGUAAAUGCCACUACUACCUCUGAAGACAUGAAUUCUUAGCAAAAUGUAAUUAAGUUCGGAAAGAUUCAGUGUGAUAAGAGUAUCACUAGAAAGAAUCACAAAUAUUCCAACUGUCGACGGAGGCUUCAACUUUUAUUCGCUAUUAAACACUUUAGUGGAGUUCACUAAGUAUUAAGCACAAUAUAAGAUUUUUCCAAGCAUUGGUACAGUGUUCAAUGUAUAAUACACUUAUCGAAUCGUGAAGUGCAGUUUGUGUAUUUAGGCACAGUGUUAAUGUUAACCUUUCUUUGAACACAUUUGUAAUGGCAUGUAUAUGAUUACGAUUUUGGAAGGGCAGGAGUGGGGAACCACAAACGCUCUUUGUUGAUUGGACAACAGUUUUCCCGCUUCAACUAGCCAAUCGUUGAGCAGAGUGUGUGUGCAUAUAUUGACUGCUCCCGAGUUAUUCUGAUAAUUUGGGCGCUGAGAAUUGAAGGUUUGCCAUUAUGUCUGGACGAGGGAAAACAGGCGGAAAAGCCAGAGCUAAAGCCAAGACUAGGUCUUCGCGUGCCGGGCUGCAGUUCCCGGUCGGUCGUGUCCACAGACUGCUGCGCCGAGGCAACUACGCUCAACGAGUGGGUGCCGGGGCGCCCGUCUACUUGGCGGCUGUGCUCGAGUAUCUGACCGCCGAGAUCCUGGAGCUGGCCGGCAACGCGGCACGUGACAACAAGAAGACCCGAAUCAUUCCCCGCCAUCUUCAGCUGGCGGUUCGCAAUGACGAGGAGCUCAAUAAACUCCUGGGCGGAGUCACCAUCGCUCAGGGCGGCGUGUUGCCAAACAUCCAAGCCGUGCUCCUGCCCAAGAAGACCGAGAAAGCCGCCAAGUCCAAGUAGAGCUGCGGCCACUAACCGCAACCUCAAAAUGGCUCUUUUAAGAGCCACACACCAGUUUCGCAAUGGGCAAGAUUCUGAAUGCAACUGUAAUGCAGUUAUCAUAGAUAACAGUAUGUAGUUCCACCCUAUGUGUGUUCACUACUUCGCUUAGAAGAACGGGCAACCUCAAAGCCUUUAUGACGUUGCUUUAAAGCUUGCACUCAUAUGUGCAUUAGGCUAAAAGCCCGACAUAGUAAUAUAAAUUGAAGAACGAAAUUCUUCGAAUCUACUGCAUGUCCAACUUCAGGGUGGGGGCAGAUCUAGUUUGCUACAUGAUUUUAGUGGCCCCAUAAAUCAGUCAAAAAUAAAUGAAAUCUGAAAAAAUGUUUUAUUUUCUAAGA